GUUAGACUUCCAGGAGGCAACUGAAGAGCCAGACUACCUUACCCACGAGACAGGACUUCCCUACACACAUUCUGAGCUACCUGCAAUAUCUGGGAACUGCGCCUCAGUCUGAACUCUUAUACAUAUGCAAGAACAUUUUUUUCCACAGGAACAACACAUCCUGCACAUCGUUCCCUUACACAUGUUGGAUCAGCGUUCUUUGCACAUCUUGCCCAUGAUCAACUCCAUGCUGAUCCUGCAGCUGUUCUUGCUGGCUCCUUCUGCUGUGGCUGGCUGCAGCAGGGAUGAAGUUGACAGGCAUCUCAUCCUGGCUAGAAUCAAGGCACAUUUCCUGGAGUCCCUUGGUCCUGUCCCCAAAAGCGAAAGUGUCCAAGUGGGACGAAGGGGACUCCACAGGCGGCAUGCCUUGGGCACAGCAGCUACUCACAACUGGGAGGAAGAAGAUGCAUCCCAGGUGAUUGCCUUCCCAUCAAAAGAUGUGCCCUGUGAGCCACCUCAGCCGGAUGAGCUUCCAGAGGAUGAGGGAGUUUUCACCUACAUUUUUCAACCCUCAAUACAUAUCCUGAGUCGUGUGGUGACAUCAGCCCAGCUGUGGUUCUACACCAGCCCUGUGAUAGUUCAGAACAGCCACUCAGAAGCUGCUUCCAACAGCUCCACACCAGAGGCAGAGAUACUGACACUCUCUGAAGAAGGCCGGGUCCCACUAGCUACCAUGGCAGUGCCAGCUCCUGAGGGCUGGACGGUCUUUCACUUUAGAACAUCCUUCUUCCCUUACCUUGCCCAGAAUAUAUUUGUGCUCUUCAUUCAUUGCCCAGGCUGCCCCUGUGUGGCUGAUGCUGAAAAGAUGCCCUUCCUUGUGGCAAUCACCAAACCCAAGGGCCGAGACCGGGCCCGGCGCUCCUCAGUACCCUGGUCACCAGCUGCUCUCAAUUUGCUCCAGCGACCUUCAGAUGAUGCUGCAGUCCAUGCCAACUGCCACCGUGCCUCCCUCAAUAUCUCUUUUGAAGAACUAGGGUGGGACAAGUGGAUCGUGCAUCCUAGCAGCUUUGUGUUUCAUUACUGUCAUGGAAACUGUUCCGACAGCCACACACUCACACACAAUCCCAACUUCCAGCUCUGCUGUGCUGCCUUACCAGGCACCAUGCACUCUCUGAGGGUCCGUACCACCUCAGAUGGUGGCUACUCCUUCAAGUAUGAGACAGUGCCCAACAUCCUCACCCAGGACUGUGCCUGCAUAUAGCAAGGACUCAGCUUUAGCAGUACAAUACUCUCCUAAUGGGAAACUACUGUCUUGCUCAGAUCAGUUCACUCUAGACCCUCAGCAACAAGUCUUCUUCAUAUGAACCCAGGACCAAAACACUUCUAGGCAGGGCUUAAUAGUGCCAGUGCCUUAUCUACUCAGUGUGAAGACUGGUACCUUUGGCCUUCACAGCCAGCUUUGGAGGCCCCUCUGCAUCUCAUUUGCCCUUGGGCUUUAUUAACUGAAGCUACAAUCAGACUGGAGGACCAAGAUUGGAGUGGGGAAGCUGCUUAAUCUUCUCCUUUUGUUUUGUCCCCUCAAAAAUGCCUCUGCUUAGCUGCUAUCCCACCCAUCACAGAAAAAGUGUAGGAUCCUCAUUUAAUUUCAGGUUGGAGAGGGUGAUAUUGAGCAAGCAGGAAGGAAUAUAAUUAAAUAGUCCUCCUCCUCCUCCUCCUCCUCCUCCUCCUCCAUUUGUUCCCUCUUGAUGACAGCCCACAAGGAAAGCUAAUGAACGCAUAGACAGUUUGGCCUCAGUGUCCUGGACCUAUGUCUCUGAACAGAACCAGAAAUGCAGCCCUGUUUUCCAAAGCUAGAAGGGAGAGUUAAGGAGUAUCAUAAUCUGAGGAAAAGAGUAGAGGUAAUGAAGAUUCUUAUCAAUCACAGAAAAGCCAAACACUUUUUGGAUUGGCAGCAAGAAUACUACAACUAUCUGAGCAGCAACAGGCCAGAUAGGACCUAGAAUCCGCAGAAAGAAUGCGCUUGAAAAUAUACAGACAGGCAGCAUUUCUUGCCAAUCAUGCAGUUGAAUUUGGCUCACGCAGCUAACUUGCCCUGCAAGUUUUCCAAACUCUAGGGAUCUGAAAGAAAGUUUGCUUCCCUUAAAAAACUGAGAAAAAAUUGCUCAUUUUUGAUUAAUGAUCCUCAGACCUGGCAUGCUACAUUUUCACUGGGUCUUUCUUUCCUCAUCCUCUUUCAGAUACAGGUUUACCCUUGGGGUACUACAAAGUGCAAGAGGAAACUUGCAGCAGAGUGCUUACGCUUGGCUUCUCAGCCAUCCCAGUUCUGAUCUCCCUCAAGAG